AUGAAACUCUACAUUUUCGAUGAUACUGUACUCAUAAGUGGGGCUAACCUAUCAGACAACUAUUUUGUCAAUCGGCAAGAUAGAUAUGUUGUGUUCGAGAACAAGGAGUUGGCUGAUUUCUUUCAUAAUAUCGUCACUGCGGUAGGAGAGUGCUCAUUUCUACUCAACUGCGACGGUUCCACGAAGCUGCAUCCCAAUUGUUUGGUGCAUCCUUAUGAAGGUCUGCCUGUAUUUCUUAGAUGUUUGAAGCUGGGUGUGUUCUACAGCCCUCUAAUUUGCUACUUAUUUGAAAUUUCUGCAGGAUCCUUCAUUGAUUUCCACGACAUGUUGAAGGAGCGGGUCAACAGUGUCGUUGGUGAACUACAAAAUAAAGAUCGCUCGUCGUCAACUCGCUUGAAGACACUGUACUGUAUCCCCUUUUACAAAUGGGCCUAUUCGGAUAUAAUGAAGAAUACGAAUUACUGGAAAAGCUUUUUUCUUCCAAGAACGCCGAUAUGUGCUUAA